UUUCGAUCGCAUCGUAACAAACACUGCGUAGCAUAGGGGUUAGGUGUUGCCGCACACGUCACCCUAGUCAGUUUAUGUUUUUCCGGAUUCUGAUUCUCAAGAGAACGUGAACGCCAAGAUCGCUAUCUCUUUUCGAUUUUCUUUCAUCCCAUCCAAUCCAAUUCAUUUUUUCUCUAACCCUCAAACACUUCCUCAGUCUCAGGUUCAGUUAUUUCAAUGGCUAAAGUUGGCAAGAUGCGGUGCAAGUCCCAAUCUCGAGGUCACAAGGAAACCCCAUAUCUUUUAUCUUGUGCAAGAAAAAAUAUGAAAAAUGUCAAGAGGUUUUCUAAAGCGGUAGAAAAGAAAGAUUGGAAAGGUGCUACCUGCUCAGUCUGUAUGGAGGUUCCCCACAAUGCUAUCCUACUCCUCUGUUCAUCGUAUAACAAGGGCUGUCGCCCUUAUAUGUGUGCUACUAGCCGUCGCUAUUCUAACUGUUUUGAACAGUAUAAAAAGGCAUAUACAAAAGCAACUUCUGUUCAAAGUUCGCAGCAAGAAACAGACUAUUCGAAUUUCAAUUCUAAUUCUGGCGAUCGUAGUGACAAUGCAAAAGUUCCUGAGCUUCUUUGUCCUCUUUGCCGCCGACAGGUGAAAGGUUGGACCGUGGUUGAAGCAGCCCGGAAGUCUCUGAAUGGCAAGAAAAGAAGCUGUAUGCAAGAUGGCUGUUCUUUUGCGGGGAGUUACAAGGAGCUUAGGAAGCAUGUUAGAUCUAAGCAUCCAUGUUCGCGACCACGAGAAGUGGACCCUGUACGAGAAGAAAAAUGGAAAAAAUUCGAGUGUGAAAGAGAACGGAGUGAUGUGAUCAGCACAAUUUUGUCUUCAACUCCAGGGGCUAUGGUACUGGGGGAUUAUGUGCUCGAGCCAAAUGACCGUGGAUUAUACAGCGACGAAACUGAUUCUGAUGAUGAAUUUGGGGAGGAUGAUGGUGAUUUCUUUGGCUCCAUUGGUUUGGGUGGUACUGGUAGCUUUAUCAGGUAUAAUCAGGAUCCUUUUGAUGUCAAUGACUUUGGUUUUCGGGGUGUUGCAUCUUCAGGUUCUGCUGCUCUCUCUGGACGUGGAUUCCACAGGAUACUGUUGGAAAGAUCUAGAAGACGUCGGAGGCAUAGGGUACUGAAUGCUGACCAGUAAAUUAAGAGAAGAACUACAGAAAUGUGGGGAAGGAGUUGCUCAUCUUCAAUAGUACAUCAAGGACCUCGACAUGGCUUGUUUUGUUGCCAUGCCGGAGCAUAUUUAAUUUAAUUGGGAGAGUAAAGCGGUUGGCCCACUUUCUAGCUAUGUACCAUCCAUGAAUCACUUAUAGAUUGAUAUGGUAUUUCAUUAUUUUCCCUGUUUUCAGUUUUCAAAUAGACUGUACAAAAGGCAAUUUUAGAUUGCUCGUUGCCUCUUAUUUUUAGGUUUAGGAGAUUCAGGUCAUAUUUAUUGUCAUUGGGUCAUGCAAAGUGGUGAAUUGAAUCGAACAGGUGAUCAGCAUCGAGGAUGUUCCAAAUAAUUUCAUUUUGAAAUGAUGCAUUAUUCUUCCUAUGAUGAAUUAUUAAUGUACAGUUUGAAUUAUUAUUGUAUAAUAAUGAUUCAUCUUUGACAGUAUUAGGAAAAUUGAAUGUUUUUAUAAAGUAUUG